AUGUCUUCCACCAACUCAGACUAUGGUCUUCUCUUGAUCGAUAUUCAACAGGGCUUUAAUGACCCGAAUCAUUGGGGAAGAAAGCGCUCAACACCCAACUUUGAGGAAAAUGUCAAAGAGCUUCUGGCUGCUUUCCGGGCUGCUGCACCCAGCAACAUUUUCCAUGUUUGCCAUCACUCAACUCUGCCACAAUCACCACUGCAUCCGGCAAAUGGUGCAGUGGAUUUCCAAUCCUAUGCUGCUCCCUUGCCCUCUGAGCCAACUUUUCCCAAGCAUAAAAACUCGGGAUUCUACGGCACCAAUCUGGAGGAGGCCAUCCGUGAGCGCAAAAUUACCACUCUCGUUGUUUGUGGCCUGAUGACGGAACAUUGUGUUAGUUCUACGUUGAGAAUGGCCUCUGAUCUAGGCGUUGUUGAUGGGGUUGAUGGAGAAGACAGUAAAGGGCGUAUUCUGCUUGUCCAAGAUGCAACGGGCUCUUAUGAUACCACUUUUGGUGGGCGAUAUUACGAUGCUGAGACUGUUCAUUCGGUUCAUCUGUCCGGCCUGGAUACCGAGUUUUGUCAGGUAGUCAAUCUAAAGAUUGUUUUACGGGAAUUGAAAGGCCAAAGGGAAAAUAGGUAG